AUGGCAUACCCAGGCGGAGGAGAGCGGCGAAAUAGCUUCGAAGACUCGGCACACCCGUAUCCGUACGCAUACAGCGCUCCCGACAUCACCGACCCAGACCAGCAGCCCGAGCGGCUUCCCCUGACCGGCCCGUACUACACACUCGAGGACCCACCAGCCAUCGGCACCGGCAGGCCAUCACCCUUCCAUGGGCCCUUCGACGACUCGCGGCCGACAUCCCCGGGCGGUGGUGGUGGUGGCUUGCGGCAGUCGUUCCCGACGACGCUCUCGAACGAGUCGGUGUCGGCGCUGAGCUCGUUCAAUGGCGCGACCACAACCCCCUACGACAACAGCAGUGCCAUGAGUGUGAGCAGUAGGAACACAAGCAUGGAUUUCGACGGGCGGCGGCAGACGCUCAGUGGCAUGGGCAUUCGGCGGAAGGAGACCAGGAAGGUCAAGAUCAGGAAGGGGCAGGCGCUGUCGAUCGAGUACGAGGUGCCUUCGGCCGUCGCGAACGCCAUCCAGGAAAAGUACCGUGCGGGCGAUCUGGAGACGGGGAGCAAGGAGUUCACUCAUAUGCGGUACACUCCCGCCACAUGUGAUCCGGACGACUUCACGUUGAAGAACGGCUACAGCCUGCGUGCGCAGACGUACGAUCGGCACACGGAGAUUCUGAUCGCCAUUACGUAUUACAAUGAGGACAAAGUCCUGACGGCGCGCACGCUCCACGGUGUGAUGCAGAAUGUGAAGGAGUUUGUGAAGCUCAAGAGGUCGCAGUUCUGGGACAAGGGAGGACCGGCGUGGCAGAAGAUUGUGGUCUGCCUCGUGUUCGACGGAAUCGGGCCGUGCGACAAGGAGACUCUGGAUCUUCUCGCAACCGUCGGUGUCUUCCAGAACGACGUGAUGAAGAAGGAUGUCGACGGACAGCCGACCACCGCGCACAUCUUCGAGUACACCACGCAGAUCUCGGUCACGGCGAGCCACCACCUUAGCCGCCCCAAGGGCGAGGAUGACGAAUCGGCGUUUCCCCCGACGCAAAUCAUCUUUUGCCUCAAGCAAAAUAACAGCAAGAAGAUCAACUCUCACCGAUGGCUGUUCAACGCGUUCGGCAGGAUCCUCCAGCCGGAAAUCUGUAUCCUACUCGACGCAGGAACUAAGCCCGGAUCCGGGAGUCUGCUGGCUCUUUGGCAGGCGUUCCAUAAUGACAAGAACUUGGGCGGUGCUUGUGGAGAGAUUCACGCCAUGUUGGGGCAUCGGGGAAGGAAUCUGGUCAACCCAUUGGUAGCGGCCCAGAACUUUGAGUACAAGAUCAGUAACAUUCUGGACAAGCCGUUAGAAUCGGCGUUCGGUUAUGUGUCCGUUUUGCCUGGUGCCUUCUCCGCGUACAGGUACAGAGCCAUCGCCGGACGUCCCUUGGACCAGUACUUUCACGGCGACCACACCAUGUCGGAACGCUUCGGCAAGAAGGGAAUCGACGGUAUGAACAUCUUCAAGAAGAACAUGUUCUUGGCCGAGGACCGUAUUCUCUGUUUCGAGGUGGUGGUUAAAGCGGGAAGCAAGUGGCAUCUGUCGUACGUCAAGAGCGCAAAGGCCGAGACCGACGUUCCGGAUGGCGCCGCCGAGUUCAUCUCGCAGAGACGACGAUGGCUAAACGGAUCCUUCGCGGCCACCAUCUACGCUCUGAUGCACUUUGGCAAGAUGUACAAGAGCAGCCACAACAUCAUCCGCAUGUUCUUCUUCCACUGCCAGCUGUUGUACAAUAUUUUCUCGACGAUCAUGUCGUGGUUCAUGAUCAGUUCCUUCUGGCUGACUACUUCCGUCAUCAUGGACUUGGUCGGAAAUCCAACGGCUGAGGAAAAGACGUUGGGCAAAGUGGGCUGGCCGUUCGGAGACACGGUUUCGCCGAUCGUCAACUCGUUCCUCAAAUACAUAUAUCUCGCAUUCCUGCUCUUGCAAUUCGUUCUCGCGCUGGGCAAUCGUCCCAAAGGAUCCAAAAAGGCCUACAUGUUGUCUUUCGUCAUCUUUGGUCUCAUACAGGCAUACGUCCUGAUCCUCUCCUUCUACCUGGUCUUCAACGCCUUUUCCAAGACCGCCGGAUGGGACGAGCUCUACUCCCCGACCGUCGGCGGCUUCAUCACAAACAUGUUUGUCACCAACACCGGUCUGAUCAUCCUCGCCCUCGCCGCGACCUGGGGCCUCUACAUCGUGUCCUCCCUGAUGUACCUGGACCCGUGGCACAUGCUGCACUCGUUCCCGGCAUACCUCUUCCUCGCGUCGUCGUACACCAACGUCCUGAACGUCUACGCCUUCUGCAACUGGCACGACGUGUCGUGGGGCACCAAGGGCUCCGACACGGCCGAAGCGAUGCCGUCGGCGAAAACGCACAAGAUCGCGGGCGGCGACAAAGUGAUGGAGGUCGAGGUGAUACCGAAGACGGACGUGGACUCGCAGUUCGAGGAAGUCGUCAAGCGCUGCCUGCGACCCAUCGAGAUCAAGGAGGAGAAGGAGGAGAAGAGUCUCGACGACUCGUACAAGUCCUUCCGCACCCGGCUGAUCACUGCGUGGAUCAUACUGAACGCCGCCGUAGCGGUGUUUGUCACAUCCGAGGCGUUCGAUUGGGUCGGCCCAGACUCGAAGAAGAGGACCGCCGAAUACUUCCGCUUCAUCUUGCUUGCGACAGCAGCUCUGUCGUUUUUUAGGUUCUGUGGGUUCACGUACUUCUUGGGCCGCGCGGCGGUUUGUUGCUGCUUCAUGAGGAAGUAG